GUCCACCAUCAGCCUCACAUGUGUCUGUCCAAACCCUGUCUUUAAAAACUAGGAUUACAGGUCUUGCGAAGGAAGAUUUACAGGCUAGGGAAUGUGUUAGCCUAGAUGUUAAAUUAUCUACCAGGACAGGCUUUGACAACUCAGCUGGGUGAAAUUGGGGUUUUUAUUGGGCCCAGAGUGUGUGUGGGUGUUAAAGGAUGAGUGUGUACCUGCUGGUACUAUGUUUGGCUUUGCUGCAGCAAGUGGGAAGAGCCAGGCCAGACCCUCCAGGCUGCAAUAGUUCUGAGGCAGUGAGGGUGGCAGAGGAGGCCCUGGAGCAGAUCAACCAGGACCGCACAAAUGGAUACAUCCUGUGCCUCAACAGACUGUAUGACCUCUCUCACACUCCUGAAAAGGAGAAAGAUGGAUCGCUGUACAAACUGACCAUUGAUGUCAUGGAGACCAAAUGCCACAUCACCAGCAGGAAACCAUGGAAACAAUGUGAAGUCAGAGAUAUUGCUGAUGUUCCAGUGUAUGGAGAGUGUGAGGUGUCUGUCUUUGUUGACACUCAAGUGAAACUUCAAAGCUACUCCUGUGUACUUCGUGAAGUUCCUGCUACUGCAGUGGUGGAUGUGUGUCCGGACUGUCCCACAGCUGAUAAUUUGAACGAGCCCGUCGUCAAGGAGACAGCCAAUCUCUCCUUGCAAAGGUUCAAUGAAGAGAGUCAGCUGGCCAACUACUUUACUCUGGAGAACAUCACAAAAGCCAGUUCACAGUGGGUGUCUGGUCCGUCCUACUUUGUGGAGUUCACCAUUGUGGAGACAGUGUGCUCAAAGAAAACAGAUGUCAGUGAACUGAGCAGCUGCCCACCUAUGGACUGUCAGUUUGCCCAUAGAGGCUUCUGUUUGGGCUCACACGUGGCCCAGGACGACCAGUUUGAAAUCAGACCCCCUGUUGGAAAAGACAGCUCCUUUCAGAAUAAGAAACCUGUGGAGGUGAAGUGUGAGAUCUACGAACCUCAGGCUGCGGCUGUGGAGGAGCAGGCCCAUGCAAAAGCAAACAGUGGACACACUGGGCAUCAGCACCACAACCACACACACCUGCACCCCCAUGAGCACACGCACUCAGCCUCACCCAGCUCAGACCUCACUUCCUCCAAGCCACAGGGCUCCCUUGGGACUGUUGUGAAUCAGCCUGCCUCUCCCAGAUAUGCCCCAGCAGCCAGCUCUUGCCCCAGCCCGCACAGGCACAAUCUGGGAAUCGCCAGACUCAAGCUUUGAUUGGCUGGACACAGAGCUACAUCUUUCCUGCAUGUUUUAAUGAGUUAGUCAGUAAGUUAAACCACCAAUAAUCCUUGCAAAUGAUCAGAUUACAUUGAUUGUUUGAUUAAAGCAUUUACAUUUCUUGAAGUUGUAUUAUUUUCUCUCA